UCCUCCGCGGCGCUGGGAGCAGGGCCUUUCCGAGAGCGCAGCCCUCGCGCGCCGCUCGCCGUCAGCGCCGGCCCAGCGCUCUGCCCGCCCUCGCCGAGCCUCUCGCGGCCGCUGCCUACCGGGCGGCCCGCGUCGCAGCGGUAGUUAGCCGAGCGCGGGCUAUGGCCGCCGCGGGGGGCGCCCGGUUCCUGCGCGCCGCCUCCGCGGCCCUGGGCGGCCCGGCCCGCCGGUGGCUGCUCCUCGCGGGGCCCCGCGCUGCAGCGGGAGGCCCGCUUGGGACCCGGGGCCCGGGCGGGAGCGCGGGGGUGAGCCGGCCGCUGAGCGUGUCGGCGCCGGCGCGGAGCAGCUCAGAAGAUAAAAUAACAGUCCACUUUGUAAACCGUGAUGGUGAAACAAUAACAGCCAAAGGAAAAGUUGGUGAUUCUCUGCUCGAUGUUGUGGUUGAAAAUCAACUAGAUAUUGACGGUUUUGGUGCAUGCGAGGGAACUUUGGCUUGCUCUACCUGUCACCUCAUCUUUGAAGACCACAUAUUUGAGAAGUUAGACCCAAUCACUGAUGAGGAGAAUGACAUGCUUGAUCUGGCAUACGGACUAACAGACAGAUCACGGUUGGGCUGCCAAAUCUGUUUGACAAAAUCUAUGGACAACAUGACUGUUCGAGUACCUGAAACAGUGGCUGAUGCCAGGCAAUCCAUCGACAUGGGCAAGACCUCCUAAGCCAGAAUAAAUAGAAAUAUUUUUGCGAAACUUUACCUCUUUUUAUAAUUAUUAUUGAUAUAAUUAAAUGUGAACAUGGAUGAAUGGACCAUGACUAGCUUCACUACUUUAAUUCACCUUGUAUUACUACUGAAUUUUGUAGUUCUGAAAAUAUGCAAUUUUUAGUUUGGUUAAAUUGUAAAAAUGUCAACAAAAUAUUAGAAAAUAGUUAAUAUGACAAAACCU